GUCAGUAGGUAAGUGAUUCUGAUUUGAGAAUUUUAACUAAGAAUUGGAUUAAAAGAGUUCAUCUAAACUGACUUUUACUUGGUGGUCAGAUAUAAACUGACACAAAGAUCUAGGUCAGACUGGUAAUUCACCUGAAGUAAGGAGAAAAACCCGAACUAGAUUUCUGUGUUUGUUCUUCCCUGUAAAAUGCACUGAUCGGGUUCACAGCCUGAGUUUGAUGGGUGAAGACAAGAGAGAAGUUCAGGAAGGCACGCCAUGCCUCGCAGUUGCCUUUUGCUCUUCUGAGUGGGAAUAAAAUAUUCUUUAUACAUUGACUGCAUCUUCUGCAUUCAGUCAGCUUGAGAAGUUGGAAAGAAAAGCAGUAAGAAGGAACUCAAAUUAGAAGAGACUGCCAUGGCAGUGAGUAAUUCACUUCUCCAUGAUGAUGUAUGUUGUCCCUGCCAGCCAAUGUACUCCCACAACUUUGCAGUCAUCAAACAGCUUUUGAUUCUGCUCAUCAAGAGAGAGUAGGGGGACAGAAACACAAAGCUUCAGAUGCUUGGAUGCUGGGACCUCUAGCCAUGAACAUGCUGUUGCUUGCUGAAUUUCUGGCCUUCUAUCAUAGAAAUCAAAGAUCUCUUGGGACCUACUGAGUCUUAUAUUCUCCAGUUCCCAAUCGGUGCAAGAUUGUUGCCUGCCUGCUAAUGCAUGGUUGAGCCUAACUUUAAAUGUAACGUACAUGGGGCCUUCUUAGGGAGUCUUUCCCCUUCCCCCAUAGAACUGUUAUAGACAUGGAACUCAUGAAAAGGUUGGCUUCCAGCCCAUUACAGCAACAGCUGGAGGUCUCUCAUACUCUAGUGCCAGUUAUCUACAUUUUCAACCAUGAAAUGAAAGAUCUGGCUGCAGCCAGGAGAAUUGCAGGUGUGUGCAGUCUCCACUGGUGCACACGGCAGUUAGAUGGGCGUUACGCAGAGCUGCGUGGGCGUAUGCCAGUAUCUGCACUCCUAUACAGUAUAUAUAGGCAUACAUGCUGGGCCAGGUUUGUCCAGCACGCAUCAUGGGUCAUUGGGAGGUUCUGUGCUUUGCCCUAGCAUGCUACCUUGGGGUAGCAAGGGCUACAACGCUGGGCAUAGUAUACACUGAAGGAGGUUUUGUUGAGGGCGUCAAUGAAAAACUGAGUCUCUUCGGUGACUAUGUCGAUAUCUUCAGAGGAAUCCCUUUUGCUGCUCCUCCAAAGCGUUUUGAAGACCCUCAGCAACAUCCUGGCUGGGAUGGUACACUGAAGGCCAAGGAGUACAAAAACCGUUGCAUGCAGGUCACGCUAACCCAAACCGGUACUCAUGGGAGCGAGGACUGUCUUUAUCUGAACAUCUGGAUCCCUCAAGACAAGAAAGGAGUGUCCACAAAUCUGCCGGUGAUGAUAUGGAUCUAUGGAGGGGCAUUCCUCCUGGGAGGCGGGCAGGGCGCUAACUUCCUCAAUAACUACCUCUACGAUGGCCAGGAGAUCGCAGUGCGAGGAAAGGUCAUCGUGGUGACCUUCAACUACCGAGUGGGACCGCUGGGGUUCCUCAGCACGGGGGAUGCCAGUGUUCCAGGUAACUACGGACUAAAGGACCAGCACAUGGCCAUCGCGUGGGUGAAGAGAAACAUCAAGGCCUUCGGGGGCGACCCAGAAAACAUCACCAUCUUCGGGGAGUCAGCCGGCGCUGCCAGCGUCUCGUUACAGACUCUAUCGCCGUACAACAAGGGGCUGAUCAAACGAGCCAUCAGCCAAAGCGGAGUCGGCCUGUGCACCUGGGCUAUCCAGGAGAACCCUCUCUUCUGGGCUACCAAGGUUGCAGAGAAGGUGGGCUGCCCUACCGACGACACCACGGCCUUGGGCAACUGCCUUCGGGUCACCGACCCCCAGGCUGUGACGCUGGCCUACCACCUGGAGUUGGUCAACCUGCCAUAUCCUCUAGUCCAUUACCUAGCUUUCGCUCCUGUGGUUGAUGGAGAUUUCCUUCCAGACCAGCCAGAGAAUCUCUUUGCUAAUGCUGCAGACAUUGACUACAUUGCGGGCACAAACAACAUGGAUGGGCACAUCUUCGCUGGCAUUGACAUGCCUGCUAUCAACCGCCCGCUUGUGAAGAUCACAGCAGAGGAGGUCUAUAACUUGGUGCGGGGGCUGACUCUGCAGAAGGGAGUGCGGGCAGCAAAUGCCACUUUUUCCCUCUACACCCAGUUGUGGAAUGACAACCCUGACCAGGAGGUCAUGAAAAGGACAGUGGUAGACCUGGAGACCGACUACAUCUUCCUGAUUCCUACGCAGCAGACGCUUGCUCUGCAUAAUGCGAAUGCCAGGAAUGCCAAGACUUACUCCUACGUGUUCUCCCAGCCUUCUCGAAUGCCUGUGUACCCCAGCUGGGUAGGGGCAGACCACGCCGAUGACCUUCAAUACGUCUUUGGGAAACCCUUCAGCACCCCGCUGGGCUACUGGCCUAAGCACAGGACCGUUUCAAAGGCCCUGAUUGCUUAUUGGACCAACUUCGCUAGAACCGGUGACCCCAACAAAGGGGAGUCUACGGUGCCCAUCGGGUGGAUACCCUACACGCGGGAGGAGGGCUACUACCUUGAAAUCAACAGUGACAUCAACUAUGAUUCAGUGAAGCAAAGUCUGAGAGCUUCCUAUGUGCAGUUCUGGAAUACAGUCUACCAGAGCCUGCCUGAUGUUCCUUCCCCUUUCCUGGACUAGAGCCAGGCCAACCAACCAAUUCUGUAAACAAACAAACUAGCCCAAUUCUGAUUAAAGGCUAGUUUCUGGCUGUG